AUGGAAGAGCAAGGCCAUCAAAACGGCGAUGACGAAGAAAGCGGCGGCGGCUGUAGCAGUACUACUAGUACGAGCAGCAACAACGGCAGGAUGAUGAACGGGGCGAAGAAGAAAGUGGCGAUGGCCGAUCUGAAGAAGAGCUUGGACCAACUUGACCGCCAUCUCGACAGAGCGCUUAUGAAUAUUCACCGGAACAAAUCAGGAGCGGCGGCGGCGGCGGCGGCGGCGAAUGGCAUGGUGACAAGAAGAAGAGAGGAGUGGGAGAUCGAUCCCCGGAAACUGGUGGUCAAGCAGCUCAUCGGCCGGGGAACGUACGCCGCCGUUCAUCUUGGAACUUACGACGGCCAAGACGUUGCAGUGAAAAUACUAGAAUAUUGGGGGGAAGAAGACAACAAUGAGGAGGUGGUGGUGGAGAGGAGGAGAAGUGGUUUAGGGGCUAGGCUGAGACAAGAGGCCUCUCUUUGGCAUCAACUCCGCCAUCCUAACGUCUGCCAGGUAAAAUCACUCCUCGCAAUUACUCUUCCUCUAGCCGGCACCCUGAAGUCGUACCUGGAAAAGCACCGCCGGAAGAAGCUCCGGCUGCGGAAAGUGGUCAAGCUCUCUCUACAACUCGGGAGAGGACUGGCUUACCUUCACUCCCGCAAGCUGAUCCACAGAGACAUUAAGCCGGAGAACGUGGUCCUCGAUGCCGACAACAAGGAGCUGAAGAUCAUCGAUUUCGGGGUGGCCAGGGCGGAGCCAAAGAACACCGGCGAGAUGGGCGGCCAGAUCGGGACCAUUGGCUACAUGGCGCCGGAGGUGUUCGCGAGCAAGCCCUACGACAGCAAGUGCGACGUUUACAGCUUCGGCAUUUGCCUGUGGGAGAUUUACUGCUGCGAGGCGCCCUUUGCCCACUUGGGAUUCUCUCAUCAAACUUCUCCGGUCGUCUACAAGAGCGUACGACCGGAGAUACCAGGAAACUGUCCGGAGGCACUGGCAGCGAUCAUGAAGCAAUGCUGGGAAGAAGAGCCAGCCAAGAGACCAGCCAUGGAGGACGUGGUCUCCAUGUUGGAGGCCAUCGUCGACCUACUCAACCUUGCGAAAACAGAAAACAGCCCUUUGUCCUUCCUCCCUGCACGCUGCUCGUGUCUCCGAUCUCACUUCAACUGCAACAACACCUAACGGUAACACCUCUGGGUCAGUUGGGAUGGGCGUGUUGCAGCCAAACGAACCACAGGAACUGCUUUGAUCCAUGCUAGAAGCAAGCACGGACCACUUGCUGUUUACUAACUACUAACCUCCUUACCUUUAGCUCUGCCUGUAAAACUGGAAUGCAAAAAAUGAAGGGCUGCUAUA